AUGAGUGACACUCCCCAACUACGUUCGGCCUUCCCUCGAACACCUCGCUCCAACCCCCGGACUCCUCGAACCUCCACCGGCUACCAUGGCCAAAACGUCACGCCCAUACCUUUUGGCCGGGGAAGCAAGAUCAACUUCGCCAGCGCCAGAGCUGUUGUGAGGCCUGCCAACGCCACUCCACCUCAAAAUCGGCCUUUGAUACCGUUUCACAUUGUCGAUGCGCCUGCACAGAGGCUUUAUGUUGUUGCAUUUUAUGCUGCGUUGAAUGCAUGGCGGUUUUACGAAUAUUGGGUGUCGACGGAUGAGGGGGAUGCGACCUGGCUGUUUUUGAAAUGGCUGUUAAUAGAUGCUACAUAUCUUUUUGGCCUGCCUAUUCUGCGGAUUCCAUGGUUAGAAUGGGCAUUUUCAACUACACUGGCCAUCUUUCUGGUUCAUGUGGUGAUUAAUGUGUUCUUGAUGUUUAAGAUCCCGCUACCGAUGGAAGCCUGGUUGGUCUCUCUGUUCAAAAUGGCCUAUGACAGAGAGCUUUCUAUCUCUGGGCAGCGAGUUAAGCCUUAUGACAUCCUACACAACUCAUCCUUGAUCCUGGGUAAACAUAUCGUCCAUAUCCUGCCGGAAGGUUCUGCCAUCCUGAACCCGGAUAAGGUCCCACUAUGCCUCGGUCACGCGCAUUCAUCUGUCAACCUCCCUAUCCGAGUUAACCAGACCAAUCCCAUCCUCAUAGAAAUUCUGCGCUUUGAUCUCGAAACGGGUGCAAAUGAAACCAUCGUUAUCCCUGAAAAACAGGCCAAAACUCUUAGGCGUCAGGCCAGUCAAAAUCAUCCUCGAUCGGAGCAGCGAGAAUGGUUGGACCUUCUCUACCCUGUGCGCAAAACUGGUGUUUAUCAGAUCAAAAAAGUGGUGGAUGAGUCCAAGCUUGCUGUUCAUCAUCGUUCUAUGGAUACCCUCGUUGUCGCCUGCCCGAAAGCUUCGAUGCUGACUCGCGGAGCCCACAAAUGCAGAGGCGAGCUAUCGGAUCUUACUAUGUCAUUGCACGGAACCCCGCCGUUCAAGAUAAAAUACAGUCGAACAGUCACCCCCAUAGAUCAGGGAAUCUCUUUCCAGAGUAUUCAACCGGAAAUUCACCAGAAGCUACCAGAAUCGGAAGAGACGCCAAUCAAUCCAAUGCUAGCUAAGUUUAAAUGGGCUCGCCAGCAGAAAGUAGAGGUUCCCCUUAACGAAUCUCUAACCGCAUUUGGUGAAUGGACUUAUGCCAUUGAGGAAGUCCAUGACGGCUGUGGGAACGUUGUCAAUUAUACUCAAAACCCAGAUAUCGACGAGAGUCUCUGGUCUCAGCACCACCCACAAUCUCAACGAUUUUUCGUUCACGAACUGCCUCGCGUCUCCCUGGCCGGCUGUGAUACCCAAACGUAUCUUCAAAUCGCAAAGGGAGAGUCAAUUGACCUGCCUGUUCAUUUCCAUGAUACUGGAUAUGGUCAGAAUAAGGAUUUCCCCUUCACUCUCAGUUACUCCUUUUCUGAAUCUGGGGAGGAUGCCGAUAAAAAACCACCUACAUCAGUUCAUGAAUAUGAAUUCAAAAACGCCAACAACAAGCCUAGAAUCAAAGCUUCUGGUUGGUACAGUAUUACUGGUAUUUCUAGCCCAUACUGUCGCGGCGAAGUCUUUGAGCCCUCGUCCUGCUAUCUACACAACCCAGCUGAGCCACAGCUAGCUAUUCGCCACGAAAAGAUUUAUGAUACUUGCGCCAACAACUCCGUGGGUCUUCUCGUAUACCUUGAUUUGAUCGGAACACCGCCGUUCAGGGUCAGGUAUUCUAUUGAACACUCCAAGGGCGUGCAAACUAGAGUACACACCAUCAACGGCCUGCACGGACAGCUUGACUUAAAGCCUGCAGAGGAAGGACACUACAAAUAUAGAUUCCUGGAUAUAUCUGAUCGCAUUUAUGAGGCUAGAUCGCUGAAAGAUAGUGUACCAGCUCUAGAACAGGAUGUGAAGCCUCCCGCCUCUGCGCAAUUUGUCGGACCUCUCACAAGCCGCAAAGCCUGCUUCGGCGAACCUGUUUCGAUGGAUGUGAUGUUUGUGGGCGAGCCGCCAUGGAUUUUGAAUUACGAGGUCGUACACAACGGAAGAAGGAAAAAGCAUGAACUGAAGAGUGACACCGAUGUUGCGUCUCUUUCCACUGCAGACCUCGUUAAUGGCGGCGUUUACACCGUUGGUCUCACCAGCGUUAGAGACAGAUCGAACUGCAAGAGAGCCUUAAAGGAGGAGAUUCGAAUCGAAGCCAGACCAAAGAGACCGCGCGUGGCGUUCGGACAGAUAGAUCAGAAACGAAACGUCCUUGCUUUGGAGGGUAAGGCUGUGGAUCUUCCUUUGAGGCUAGAGGGUGAAGCUCCAUGGAAAGUGAAGUACCAGAACAAGCUCACUCCCUCCGCUAGCCCCGUGGAGAAAACCUUUUGGAAUGCGAACAGUGUCCUUCGAGUAACAGAUCAAGGACAAUAUGAAAUAAUUGGACUGUCAGAUGCAACUUGCCCUGGAUCAGUUGAUCAAAAGGCGCAUGUUUUCGAAGUUUCCUGGAUUUCCCGUCCUAAAAUUACCGAGGUUGAUGGUGUUAAGCUGGGAACCCAGACUACUAUCGCAAAGGAUGAAGUAUGUGAAGGUGACGUGAACUCCUUGGAGCUGAAAUUUGGCGGCAACCGCCCUUACACAGUCCGAUACGAAGAAAGCUACAAGGCCGGGAAUUCGAACCCAACCUCCCGUAUGAGGAGCCUCACUGCCGCCCUUAACUCUGCCUCGAUACCAAUGCGAACUACCGUAGCUGGAAACUACACUUACAAGUUCCUGGAGAUUGGCGAUAACCUCUAUAGCCCUGAGAAGAAAGUAAAGGAUCCAGUUAUUGUUACUCAGAAGGUGAAUCCGCGCCCAUCAGCUCGGUUUGAGUCUCCUAGCAAGGUCUACGGAUUCUGCAAGGAGGAAGAGCAGGAAGACGAGACAAUCCCGAUCAUACUGGAAGGAGUGCCUCCAUUCACACUGGAACUUGCUGUCAAGCACCAUUCAAGCGCUAAGCCGGAGCUCCUUUCUAUACCCAACAUCAAUUCAAACCGAUAUGCACUUCCCGUCCCUCGCCAAUACCUGGACCUUGGACAACAUGUCAUAAGCAUACGCAAAGUCCGGGACGCUCGUGGCUGCCAGAGGGCGACUGAAUUUGAUGGUUCAUCCGUCAGAGUUUCUAUCUCUGACGUACCAACCAUCAUACCUCUUGAAUCAAGAGAGGAUUACUGUGUUGGUGAGAGAAUUUCUUUCUCUCUCUCCGGCCAUGCACCGUUUGAAAUCUACUACACAUUUGAUGGUGUGGCGAGAAAGGCGAAGAGCCAGGCCACUACCUUCCGGCGUAUUGCGGAAAUGCCUGGUGAAUUCAAAAUCACAUCAGUCAGUGAUGGAGCUAGUGGAAGGUGCCGAGUUCAUAAGAAUAUCACCAAGGUAAUACAUCAAAUGCCCAGCGUUAGAAUAAGUCGUGGCGGAGUAUCCGUUGUGGACAUUCCCGAAGGUGGUGAAGCGGAGAUCAUGUUUGAAUUCUGGGGAACUCCUCCUUUUGAGUUCACUUAUACCCGCAGUUCCAAUGAUGGUAAAGGCAGGAAGCGAGUUAUCCUCGACACUAAGAAUGAUAUUUCUCAUGAGCACACGAAGACUAUCAAAGCAUCAGAUGAGGGAACGUAUGAAGUUGUGGCCAUCAAGGACCGCUACUGUUCCUUCUCAACACAAACCGAUAAAGGGAGCCGACGAGGUUUCUUUUAA